UGACACCAACCAUAAAACUAUUUUGUUGCAAUUUCAUUACUAAUUUUGCUACUGUUCUGAAUUGUAAUGUAAACUUCUGUUUGAUAUGGGACCUGGAAUAGGUCUCGACCCACAGGUUGAGAACCACUGCCUUGGACUGUUGGCUUUAAUGGAAAAGAACUGUAUAGUUUGAAGUCUGCCCUUUCUAAGUAACAGUUAGCAGUAGAGCCUGCUGUGUGAUCGUUGUAGUCUAUAUUUAUAGUUAUACCUUACCGCCUUAGAAAAGAAUUUGAAAUGCUUAAUGCCAUAUUUUCGUGAUAUAGACAAGGCUGGCUUCAGACUCACAGAGGUCUACUUGCCCGUACCUCAUGAGUGCUGGGAUUUAGAUGUAUACAACCAUGCCCAACUCUGGGUACUUUUAAAUAUAUCUAACCACUUCACAAAUAUGUAGUGACCAAAUUGAAGCCUCUGCCUCUCUAUAUUUAGAUUAUAGUGGGGUAGAUAGACAACUCUUAAUUCCAGAGAGUGAUGAGCAUAGAAAGAAAAGUUUGGAGUAUAGUUUACUUUGACAUCAAGGGUACUAUUUUAGGUUGGAUGAAAGAAAAGGCCUCUCUGAGACAGUGACAUUCACAGAUCUGGGUGAAUAUUAAACUAUACAGGUGUUGGGGAAAGAGACAGCAGAAAGAACAAAGGCCUGCAGACAGAAAUGGCUUUAGCAUAUUUAAGGAACUUAGGGGUGACAUGUUAUAAGCUUGCUGAAAGGAGUUGUGGAAGAUAAAGUUGGAGAAAUGUGUCCAGGUCAGAUUAUAUAGGACCUAGUAAACCACUGUAAGGUCUUUGGACUCUGUGCUGAAUGUGUUAAGUCUUUGGGAGUGUUUGUACAAAGAAUUGUCCUGAUUUACAUAUUUUAGUGAUUAUUAGCCUGUGUAGAAAAUGGAUUAUAAGAAAGCAGUAGUAGAAGCAAGUAAACUAUUAAGGAAGAUCUUGAAUAGUUAAGUGAGACAUGAUAAUAACUUGCAGUUAAGUGGUUUAUUUGAAUGAGAAGUGUUAAUGUUCAGGCUAUAUUUUAAAGCCAGUGCUAGUACAACUGCUAAUGAAUUGACUGUACAGUGGGAGGAAUUGAGACUACUUUCUGAUCUUACUCUCUGUCUUGUAGUUGGUAUUUCUCAAUGUGGUAAAAAUCUGUUAAAAGUUUAGAAUUUGGGGCAGGAGAGAUGGCUCAGAGGUUAAGAGCACUGCUUGUUCUUCCAGAGGUCCUGGGUUCAAUUCCCAGCAACCACAUGGUGGUUCACAACCAUCUGUAAUGAGAUCUGGUGCCCUCUUCUGGCUUGCGGGCAUAUAUGCAGACAGAACACUGUAUACACAAUAAAUAAAUCUUUAAAAAAUAAAUUUAGAAUUCUGUUUUUAUCAUGGUAAGUUUAAGAUACCCUCUAAAUGAACAAAUGGAGAUGUCAAGUACAAUUGACUAUUGGAAUUUGGAACUAGUGAGAGAAUGUGGUUUGUGAGGUGUAUAUAUAUAGCCCAAUACUGAUUAGCAGGACCCUCAGAAAGCUUGAGUCAAGAACAGAGGCCAAGAUCCAAGAUAUGAGUCUAGUCAUAGACAACGUAUUAAGGUAAAACACAGUAGAAUAAACUAGAAAAGGGAAACUCUUUAAAACUUUAUGAAGAAGAAAAGAUCUACAAUGAAGGAAUUUCUCACUGUAAGUGCUGCUGGGAGGUCAGAAUGGAAACUGAAAAUAAAAAAACUAUGGAAGAAAGCACUGAGAAGAGAAAAGAAGAAAAAAAGAAACGCUCAAGGGUUAAACAGGUGCUUGCAGACAUUGCCAAGCAGGUAGACUUCUGGUUUGGGGAUGCAAACCUUCACAAGGACAGGUUUCUUCGCGAGCAAAUUGAAAAAUCUAGAGAUGGAUAUGUGGACAUCUCUCUUCUGGUAUCUUUUAACAAAAUGAAGAAGUUAACCACUGAUGGGAAGCUAAUAGCAAGAGCAUUGAAAAGCUCAUCUGUGGUAGAGUUGGACUUAGAGGGAACCAAAAUCCGGAGAAAAAAGCCCCUAGGUGAGAGACCAAAGGAUGAGGAGGAACGUACCGUGUAUGUGGAGUUACUCCCCAAAAAUGUUACUCAUAGCUGGAUUGAAAGAGUGUUUGGGAAAUGUGGCAAUGUGGUUUACAUAAGUAUUCCACAUUACAAGUCUACAGGGGAUCCCAAGGGAUUUGCCUUUGUGGAGUUUGAAACGAAAGAACAAGCAGCAAAAGCCAUUGAGUUUCUUAACAACCCACCCGAAGAAGCACCAAGAAAACCUGGCAUAUUUCCCAAGACAGUGAAAAACAAACCCAUCCCUUCCUUAAGAGUAGCUGAAGAGAAGAAAAAGAAGAAGAAGAAGAAAGGCAGACUAAAGAAGGAAGACAGUGUGCAGGCCAAAGAGUCAAGUAUAGACACGGGUAGCACGGGUGUGUGCAAGGCUAAGAGACCACGGACGGCCUCUGAAGGCUCUGAAGCAGAGACUCCUGACGUUCCAAAGCAGCCUGCAAAGAAAAAGAGGAAACGAGACAAGGUCGAGGCAUCCGUCUUACCUGAAGUCAGAACAGGGAAGAGGGAGAGAAGCAGCGCUGAGGACGAAGACUGCCUCCCCCCCAGGCCAAAAGCCAAGAAAAGGGCUCCGAAGGAUGGCCUUAGUGAGGCUGCUUCUGAAGUCUCCAAGGAAAGCAGAGACUUAGAAUUCUGCUCUACAGAAGAGGAGAAGGAGACUGGAGACACAAAAGGUGACUCACUCCUGAAAGUGAAGAGGAAGCAUAAGAAGAAACAUAAGGAGAGACAUAAAAUGGGAGAAGAGGUUAUACCGUUGAGAGUGUUGUCCAAAACUGAGUGGAUGGAUUUGAAAAAAGAGUACUUGGCACUGCAAAAAGCCAGCAUGGCUUCUCUGAAAAAAACAAUAUCUCAGAUAAAAUUGGAGUCAGAAAUGGAAACAGACUGUGCCACGGCUGCUGAGUCUGGAGUGAAUAGUGGAAAAGCAGUCGGCCCUCCAGAGUGCUGCACCCAGGAGAAGGCCAGUGCACAAGGUCCACAGUUCGUGAACGGAGUUAUUGUGAAGAUCACGAGCACAGAGCCUCUACCUGGCAGGAAACAAGUCAGGGAUAUUUUGGCCACAAUCUCAGAAGUUGUUUACGUUGAUUUGCUAGAAGGAGAUACUGAAUGCCAUGCCCGGUUCAAAGCUCCCGAGGAUGCUCAGGCGGUAAUGAAUGCACAGACUGAAAUUAGAAAGAAGCACUCUUGGAACCUCGAGGUCCUUUCUGGUGAUCACGAGCAGAGGUACUGGCAGAAGAUUUUGGUAGAUAGACAGGCCAAACUUAAUCAACCUCGGGAGAAGAAAAGAGGCACAGAGAAGUUAAUCACCAAGGCUGAGAAGAUUAGACUGGCCAAGACUCAACAAGCCAGUCAGCACAUUCGAUUCUCUGAGUAUGAUUGAGAAGGACGGCAGCUCCCUUUGGGUUUCCCUUUCUGGAGCGUUCUUAGAAUGCUAGGACUGCUUGAUGGAUGUUCUGCUGAGUUCUACAUUAAAAAAACAAAAAGAAACCUUUGUUCCUCAAUGUGUAAAUAAGACUUUUCUUAAAAACAAAUGAAUUAUAUGUCACAGUUUUGUUUUUUGUUUUUUUUUCAAUGAAGCUCUUACUUGUUGAAAUUAUGCAGGUCAACUUAAUGAUUUCAUAAAUAAAUGGGUUUUGAAAAUUA